CCCACAUACACACAGAUACACACACAGACAGACAGACACAUACAGAUACACACAGACACACAUACACCCACAUACACACAGAUACAGACACACACAAGCCUGUAGUGGUGACACGUGCGUGCGUUACGGCACAGUCCUCGCUGUUGCUAGCUGUACCGCCGUCAACAACAACAACAACAGCAUCAAGAACAUCAACAACAACAUCAACAACAACAGCAUCAACAACAACAUCAACAGCAGCGACGACCGUGAUGGAGAGCGAGGGAGAGAAAGCGGCGGGGCUGGACUCCUCUCCCCCUCCUCCUCCUGCUGCUCAUCCUGCUGCUGCUGCUGCCUCCAAGCUGCUACGGCGAGAAUCGUCAUCAUCCCACAGGGGCAGCUUCGGCGUCUCCACCACCGCCACCAACACCACCUCCACCACCAACAACACCAACACCUCAUCCGCCUCCUCCUCGUCGGCGGUGGCUUCGGACGAGGUCCCGGAGCAGCUGAGGAGGUCGAAAUUUAUGGACUUCAUGAGGCCGGGCGCGAGGCGCGAGCGCCCCAACUCGGUGCGCUUCGCCGGGGGCGGCGGGGCCCCCGUCGAGAUGUCGGACCCCGUCCUGGCAUCGCCCUCCGCCGUCCUCGCCUCCUCCAACCUCUCCGAGAAGGAGAUCCAGCCGCUCUUCGAGAAGAUGAUGGAGGACCUCAACCUGAGUGAGGCUAUGAAGGCGCCGCUGCGGGAGAAGGAUCUGUGCACCAAGCGUGAGAUGGUCGUCCGCUACGUGGGCAACUCGUCCAAGUCGCUGGGCGUGCGUUCGAGCGAGGAGAGCGCGCUGUGCUCCUCGCAGGAGUACGUCUACGGCCUCAAGACGAGCCUCAACGACGAGAAGCUGCUCACGUGCCUCGAGUCGCUGCGAGUCUCGCUCAACAGCAAUCCCGUCAGCUGGGUGGAGAAUUUCGGCAAGGAGGGCUGCGGGCUGCUCCUGACCUCGCUGAAAACUUUGCAGGACUCAAACCGCUCCGACGCGAUCUGCAAGAAGAACCAACACGAGAUUAUCCGCUGCCUCAAGGCCUUCAUGAACAACAAGUACGGCAUCAUGCGGAUGCUUGCGGAGGAGAAUGGCGUCUACCUCCUGGCUCGGGCCGUCGACCCGGCCUACCCACCAAUGAUGGCCGACGCCGUUAAGCUGCUGUCGGCGCUGUGCAUCCUGGAUGAGGGCGGCAUGCACGGCAGGAUCCUGGAGGCUCUGACUCGGCACGUGGAGGUGAGCGCGGUGGAGAAGGAGGAGGAGGAGGAGCGCUUCUCUCGCAUCGUGUGUGGGGUGAAGCAGAACCAGAGCUUCCCGCUCAAGGUGGCGUGCAUGCAGCUGAUCAACGCUCUCGUCACCUCCGUGGACGAGCUCGACUUCCGGCUUCACCUGCGCAGCGAGUUCAUGCGCUGUGGACUCGUCGACCUCCUGCCGGAGCUGAGGAAGCUGGAAAACGAGGAGUUCGAGGUCCAGCUGAGGGUGUUCGAUGAAAACCGCGAGGAAGAUUCUCUGGAGCUCUCUCACCGCUACAACGACAUUCGCUUAGAGAUCGACGAUGUCCAGGAGGUCUUCUCGGUGGUGGCGAACGUGGUGAAGGACACUGCGGCAGAGGGCUUCCUCCUCUCCCUGCUGCAGCACCUCCUGCUCGUGCGCAACGACUUCUACGCCCGGCCUCAGUACUACCGGCUGGUGGACGAGUGCGUCUCUCAGAUCGUGCUCCACCGAGGCGGCUGCGAUCCCGACUUCCGGCACGGCAAACGAUUCUGCCUGGACGUGGAGCACCUCAUCGAGGGGAUGGUGGACAAGGAAAAAUCGGCGGAGAUCGAAAGGAAAGUGGAGGAACUCGCAAAGCAGCUGGAGGCGGAGCUGGCUGCGAGGCAGGAGAUGCAGGUCGCGCUGCAGCAGAAGGAGAACCGGGAGCGCGAGCUCGAGAGCGAGGUGGCGCGCAUACAGCAGCAGAUCGUGUCGGGCGGCGGCGCGGUCACGGGCACCGCCGGGGCAACCUCGCCGCCCCCCCCCGCCGCCCCCCCCCGCCGCCCCCCCCCGCCGCCCCCCCCUCCCCCCGGCCUCGGGGGACCGCCCCCUCCCCCGCCGCCGCCGCCCCCUCCGGGGGGGCCUCCGGGCGCGCCGCCGAUGGCGGGGGCCUUCAACGCCUUGCCCCCCGGCGUGAAGCCCAAGAAGGAAUACAAACCCAGCGUGGUCCUCAAGCGCACCAACUGGAGCAAGAUUGCACCACAGGAAAUGCCGUCGGACUGCUUCUGGCUGCAGACGCGCGAGGAUCGCUUCGAGAGCCCCGAGCUCAUGGCUCAGCUCGCCCUCACCUUCUCCUCGCAGGGCAGAGGAAAGAAAGAUGAUGACACGGAGGGCAAUAAGCUGCUGACGCAGAGGAAGAAGGUCAAAGAGCUGAAGGUCCUGGACCCCAAGGCGGCGCAGAACCUGUCCAUUUUCCUGGGCUCGUUCAAGAUGUCCUACGUGGACAUCAAGAACGCCGUUCUCUCCGUGGACGAGGAGAAUCUCACCGAGUCCAUGGUGCAGAAUCUCAUCAAGCAGCUGCCGGAACCGGACCACCUGGCGUCGCUCAUGCAGAUGCGCGAUGACUUCGAGGAGAUGUGCGAGCCGGAGCAGUUCGCCGUGGUGAUCGGCUCGGUGCCGCGCCUGCGCCCGCGCCUCGCCGCCAUCCUCCUGCGCCUGCAGCUGGCGGAGCAGGCCGGCGCGCUGAGCCCGGCCAUGGUGGCGGUGAGCGCCGCGUGCGACGAGGUGCGGCGCAGCGCCGGGCUGGCGUGCCUCCUGGAGCUCGUGCUGCUCGUGGGGAACGUGAUGAACGCCGGCUCGCGCAACGCCGGAGCCCACGGCUUCCAGUUCUCCUUCCUGAAGCGGCUGAAGGACACGAAGUCACAUGACCAGUCCCAGACGCUGCUGCACUUCCUGGCGCGGCUGUGCGAGGAGAAGCACCCGGACAUCGCGAGGUUCACGAGCGAGAUCGCCAGCGUCGAGAUGGCGGCCAAAGUGUCGACGGAGAACGUGCAGAAGAGCGUCACCGCUAUGGGCACGCAGCUCCAGCAGCUGGACAAGGAGCUGAAGACCUUCCCGGCGAGCGGCGACCCCAACGAUCAGUUCGUGGCCAAGAUGACGGGCUUCCUGCGUACGGCGCUGGAGACGCACGGCAAGCUGGCGCAGCAGCGCGACGGCAUGGACCGGCGCUACCGCGAGCUGGGCCGCUUCUACGCGUUUGACGUCGCCAAGGUUCCCCCCGAGGAGUUCUUCGCCGACCUCGAGGAGUUCCGCUCCGCCUUCCAGGACGCUCUUCGCGACAACGCCAAGCGGCGCGAGACGGAGGAGAAGGUCCGGCGGGCCCGCAUCGCCAAGGAGGCGGCGGAGAAGGAGCGCUCGGAGCGCCGGCAGCGGCGCAAGCACCUGGCGGACAUCGAGCGGCCCGAGGGUGGUGAGACGGGAGUCAUGGACACGCUGCUGGAGGCGCUGCAGUCCGGCGCUGCCUUCCGCGAGCGGCGCAAGCGGAGCCCCCCCCAGACAGGAGAUGAGAACUGCGCUCCGAUUGGUGCAAAGAAGCAAGCAACGGAGAAAGCGGCAGCCAAUGCAACGAAGACGACGCCGAAGGGCGGUCAGAAAACCCAGGAUCGGACUCACGCCGCGCGGACUCCGGCAUCGAAUGCGGAUCCGUCCGCUCGUCACAAUCGCAAGGCCGAUCCGGGGCCCAAGCGCGCCGAUCCGGUCGGGAACGCCGACUCCCUGCUGGCACGGCUGCGCAACCUGUGAGCCGCGGUGCAUUCUGGGACGAACCCCGCGAGCGGACGCGUCACGGGAUCGCCCAGGGCGGUUGAAUAAUCCAUUCGGGGAUGCCGCGAUGCAUUCUGGGAGGCGAUGGGACACAGACGCUGCCUGGGAUGGACUUGCGACGAGUUGCAGCCGCCUGCCGCUCCUCGCUGCCCUGGGCACCGUUGUACGAAGACGAGGAGACGACUCGUCGCCUCCGGAGGCUGUCGGGCCGAGUGUCGUUAGCGAGGCAGUGCGCGGUGCUGUAUCAUAGGACAGAGUGAUUGUAGGUCAAAUUAACGUGGUUAAGUGAUGAACUCGGUUCGGUGAGUUAAUUAGCGGCUCGGGAGGCUAAUUUAUUAACGGAGGAAUGUAUCAUUACCUGCCGAGUCGAUUAUAUACAGUAUAAAUAGAUAUGAUGAUUAGUCCACUCAUGCUGACGUAUUCACGGGACCAAUUGCUCUGCAAUAUUCGGCUCGCGCGUCUGCACGACGCGCAGAUGCCACAAACGUUACUGCGGCUGCCACUUUCACAAACUCGAGCGGGGAUUACGGCCACAAUUCUCUCCGCGGGCGUAACGAUGCCGUGUGUGUAAAGAUGCUUCGGUCGUUAUUAUUACUAUUACUCCUACUGUUACUAAGGUCGCGUUGUGCAAGAGUCGGAGAGUCGGAUUCGUGCGCGUCGCUUCACGUCGACCCCUCCAGACACGAGAGGGCCACUGCGUUCACGUGACCAUUCGUGUUUUCAGAGAAUGGGUUAAAGAGGCGCGACAAUUCGUGGAAUCGCCAAGGUCGGAGUUUCAUUACCGUUCACUCAACCUCCCCCCCCCCCCCCCCCCCCCCGUUACCACCGGUGCCGCUGGACGGGAGGUGACAGGUCGGGUCUGGGUGAUGUUAUCGGCGACCUCGUAACGGGGGGGGGUUUCCCGCCUUCGGAGGGUGGCGGUUAUUUGGCGGCCGCCAUUUUUACAGGGGCAUCUCCGAGUUAUCGCCGACGAUCAGCGGGAGGUGUUUACAAUUUUUUUUAGCUCGUCCCAUUUUUAUAUUGUGAUUUUUUUUUUAUUAAAGCUGCCAAGACAAGAUUGAGAGACCACCUUUUUGUAAAAGAAUCGAUGCAAAAUCGACGAAAACAGCUCGGAAGCCCACAUAACCCGGCUCCACUUAGCCUGGAGCUGACUUGGCAUGAGCUCAACCGAAGCUCCUUCUGUGGGAAGAGAAAAAAUAUACUUUUAAAAUCGUAGUCUGUGGUUUCGGCCGCAAUCUUAUUUUAAAGGUAUCUCUCGAUUAACGAACGUUUGGUUUACGAAAUUCCGCUUGAAAGCAGUUGACAAAUUAUGGACGCCUUUUGAUGAACGAAAUUGAAUUCCCGCGCGGGCGAAAUCUCACGACGCCACGCCGCAGGGCACAGUGAGAUCAUCAAACGCGUGAAGCGCUCCGCGGGGAGGCUGCAUCGUUAUCCAUCGGAUAGAGCGUCACAGAGUCCCUGCAGUGCAACAGUGACGCCUCCGCAUCGCCUCUGCGGUCACUCCAACGUACAGCAGAUCUUUUGGCGAGUUCCCUGAAAAGGCGAAUGGUUAUAGUUUUAAAUUAAAUUGUGAUUCGAUUGAUUUAAUUUCAACGUUCUUUAUUACUAUUUUCGGAUUGUGCAACGUGAUAGAGGUGGUGUAUAUUUUCAGGUUAGGAGUCCAAACACAUUCCGAAUGUUCUUGUAUUAAAUUAACGGGAAAAGCCAUUCUGCGACAUUUCGUGUUGCUCGUGAUUUUCGAAGGACGCUCGUCCCUUUCGUGAACCGAGGGAUACCUGCAAUUGUGUCUGUGCAGAUCACACGGAUUGAACCUUGGGGCGGAUUAUUAUCGGACUCGCGGAUUAAUAACCCGCGCCUGUUCCGCACGUCGUACGUGUCCGUCCCGGUUCAAUCUGUCGGUCGCUCCUCACUCGUCAGGGGCUCUGGAACCCGGUUUCCCACGUGGACCGGGCUCAUCCGGGACUCUGAUGAUCGUCGCGAGCCGGGACCGGUGUACGCUCGCGAGAUCUCGGAGCCUCUCCGCGAUUUCGGUUUCCCGGUGUUCCGCGGAAUGGCCGGCCGCCGCCUCGCCCCUCGCUCGCGAUUGGUGGGGAUCGGAUCGUCGAGUGUUCCCGGCGAAAGAUUGGCCACCUUGUGAUUGGUCGAUCGCAAAGGUGGAUUUAAACCGGGACUGCCACUACGCACUGCUGGAAGGACUUGACAAAGCGGGAAAUGUGUCUUGGUUGUUUUUAUGGAAUUGCGUUUUAAUUCAAACUGUUCUCACACUUUGUCGUUUGUAUUUGUAUCACCUUAUGUAGGUUCAUGUGGCGCCUUAUUCCAAGGCGCUUUACAACAAUUAUAAAAUUGUGCGUAAGAGUAAACUUCCCCUUCUACAUUAGGCAGCUCCCCGCCUCCUUAACCUCUUUCCGUUCCUCUCUUAAAGCCUCAACAUCUUCUCCAUCGCCCCUUCCCGACCCUCCCCACGUAAUCCAUUUUCGUGAUCCCCCAAGCAACCCCCUCUUAUCGCUGCUUUCACUCGUUCCUCAAUGCCACGUUGCAUGUCCCCCCCCCCCCUGCGUCAGCGACAUCGUUCCAACUUGUGGCACAGAGAGAGGAGGGGGGGGGGGGGCGGCUGGGAGCGUCGUGGACAUGAUGGGACAGAGCGGUGAUGGACAAUCCACUCCACCUGGUCUGUCGUUGAGGGUCCGUUUUGUAUUUGGACCGGGGAGGAUUCUGUGUUUUACUGUUUUAAAGACGGCCGCUCGCUUGUUUUGACACGCAAGUGCAUUCGCGUGUGUACGUGCUUUUUUAUUAUUAAUAAUAUUGCAACAGUUUUAAAAUCGCUUGUAAAUUUUAGCGGUAAUGGUCACCGCCAUUGUCGCCAUUUUACUACCAAGCCUAAUCCUUCGCAUUGCACUAGAACAUUGUUUUUAUUAUUGGUAAUCAAAAAAUAUAAUACAAUGCAAUACGCAUAGCUAUAUUAUUAUUGUUGUUACGUGACGGGUCAGAUGCCAGGUUGAAGUCGCCAAAGUCGGUUUGAGAUGACCCGAUGGGUUUUCGCGCAUCGCCACCCUCUCCCUGUUGAUGGUUCAAAGCCAUGGGUUUUCAACAAACCGAAACGUCCUGUCAGAUCUCCCAGCGGGACACGAUACAAUAUAAUAAAACAUAACAAUAAACACA